AUGGCUACCCCCAGUGUCCUUACCUUUGAUGCUGAGGGUCGUGCUGUUGACUUCGAGGUCUGGGUAGAUGACCUACAGCUCUUCCUACAGUGUGAUAGGGCAGACGGACUCUCUGUGUUCGAUCUCACCUAUGGUGCCUCUCCUGCCUUGCCUACUGAUGUUGACAGCACUCUUCGCUCACAUUGGGCCACCCGCGAUGCUGCUGCCCGUCUUGCUGUGCGUCCCCACUUACCGACCACUGAGCGUGCGCACUUUAGUCAGUACAAGAGUGCUAAGACCUUGGACCACUUCCUCUCUGUUUGCCCCACCACACUCACCGUUGACCUCCUCGAGGAGCGCCUCCUAGCAGCUGAGAAGAGUAUAGUCGCUGUAGGAGCCUCUCGUGGUGACCCUCGUGCCCCCUUCUUUGAAGGGUGCUCCCCCUCCCCCCUGUUGCCCUCUGUUGCCUCUGCUGCUGUCGUCGACCUCGUUGGCUUCAAGUCGGUCGGAGCUGCGUCUGUCCCUAGCGGGAGACGCCGCACCGGCAAGGGCAAGGAGGGCAAGGGCGCUGGAGGGGCUGGCGGGGGCGGUGGAGGUGGCGGUGGAGGCAGUGGAGGGGGUGGGGGUGGUGGUGGGAGUGGUGGCCGGGGUGGAGGUGUCGGUGGGAGCAGUGGAGGCGGAGGAGGCGGCGGCGGUGGCGGUGGGAGCGGCGGCGGCGGAGGUGGCGGAGGCGGCGGCGGCAGCGGUGGAGCUGGUCGCGGCUCUGCGCAGAGGAGUGGCUCCGGUGGUGGUCCGCGCCAGCUGCAGCAGCACACUCGUGAGACCCCGUCCCCCCAGCAGCUUCGUGAGUGGUACGCUGCGCGUCAGCGAGGUGGGGGUACUGGUCCCUGUACCUACGUCCUCCGUACCGGCGACCGCACUGGUGAGCAGUGCGGGGGCUUGCACUCCACCCAGCGCUGCUUCGGCUGCCUGACAGACGCUUGGCAUCACCAGUUCCCUGACGCCACUGAGAUCCCUCGCUGGGGAGAGAUGUCUAGGGCGGGGGUUGCUAUCUUUGAUCUUGAUUAUGAUGCUAUUCUUGCUGCCAUAUAUGCUGUGUCUACUAGUGAUGAGGGUGACUGUUACCUGUGUGUUCCGCCUGACCCGGGCAUUGAGGCUGCUGCUCUAGGUGCUGGUGAGGCUGCUGCUCUAGGUGCUGGUGAGGCUGCUGUUCUAGGUGCUAGUGCGUCUGCUGCCCCAGGUGCUGGUGAGUCUGCUCUCUCAGGUACCACGUUGGCUCAGGCCUUACACACCUUCACCCUCGACUCGGGUGCUUCCCGCUCCUUCUUUCGAGACUGCACCACGCUUACGCCGCUUAGUCGGCCGGUUGCGGUCUCCCUGGCGGACCCCUCUGGGGGUCCUGUCCUUGCUCGCUUCUCCACUGUCUUACCGUGUCCGGCAGCCCCCUCUGGCACCCUGUAG